CCUCUAAUGCCAAGUCUUUGUUAAGCUGGUGUCGUCGGUUUGGCCAGUACAACGCGACAUUGAUGCGAGAUGAGUCAUGUAUUUUAGCUUGCCAGUCCAACUUCACUUCACGUGAACUGGCAGAAACGAUCUUCGAUAUCCUACCAGUCCGCCAUUUUCCCAACAGUUCAGUGUUCACAUCUUGUGAGAAUUCUGAUUUCUCAGCAGAACAACGUUUACAAAAGGAGAAUCAAGACAACCAACCAGUGCUAAAUAGUGCGACAACUAUUUGUAACUUCCCAGAUAUCUCUAAGAACCUGGAUGAGAACCUGGAACAUUUAAGCAGCACCAUACAAGAUCUGAGAAACCUGUCUACUAUUGUGCAAGAUGUGAGAAACCUAUCAACCGCCGUGCAAGAUCUAAAAAAUGUAACGCAAGAUCUAAGAAACCUAAUUGAAAGUGUACAAUAUCUGAAAAAGCUAAUUAAUACUGUGCAAGAUCUGAAAAAUGUAACCGAAAUCUUGCAAGAUGCGAUCACUCAAGUCCAAAAUGUUGUCUCACAAAGUAAAGCGACUCAAGCUAAAAGUGACUAUGAUAUCAGAGAGGGGUUGGGAAAUGUUACCAACAUACUUGCUGACUUAACCCGCCACAUCAAGUCUUUACUGUUCACAGCAGAACCUAGCCAGCGUACAACUAGCAAUGAUAUGAUAACAGUAUUAACAGAAGUGAAACGUUUACAGAAAACUGUUCAAGAUGAGUUGAUUGGGACGACUAGUAACUACGUGUACGCGAUUCUAGGUUUGGUUAUACUAAUUACGGCAACUCUUGUGGUGUCUGUAAUUGUAAAUAUAAUCUACAUAAUGAAAUGUUACAACAAGCCAAUGACUGAGAAGAAAGAAACAGCUACAGAGGAUGAAGAUAUCCCUCUGACCGAUGUUGGCGACAAAACGCCCGCUCCUGAUAUUGAUGAUAGGAACAUACGAGGUCGUGUGGGCCACAUACACUAAGUGCAAAUGUUAGAUCUAGUAAGAUCAUCAAUAUUUCUGACUUAGGAGCCUGCUAGAGAGAUAUGGAACCUCAUACAAAGUCUCUAGGAUGACCAACUUUAUUAUUGUACAAUACAUUACACUUACCGAGGCUAAAAUAAGUUACACUUUUUUCUAUUAUACAGGGUUUCUAUCGGGCAGAUUGUAUACUUUAAUCAGUUUCUGCCGUCCCCUCCUCCCCCACCGAAGAAAAGUAAUAUAAACAGAUUCAAUGUCUGCACCACUACCCCUAUCAAGCUACUUCCACUUUAUACUAUCCAGGAUCACGACUAGCUACCUUUUGGGUACGACCACUAGCUACCUUAUGACUGACUAAAUUUUUCUCCCACAUCUAACUCCAAAUCUAGUCCAAGCCGUAUUUUUCCUUGAAUCUAAAUUAGUCUUUCCUGCAUGUUUAGUCAGAUGACCCUGGCUUUCAUUGGUCAAUUUUAUGUAUUCAUUCGUUCCUACCGACAUGACCCAUGGCUCGCCAGAUUAUUAUCUAUGUAAGCCCAAUUCUAUUCUCCGUAAUUUGGCGUUAUCAGUGAGUUACCACACUCGCUGGCGAUCCUAGAGGGCAUUAAUAUUUAAAUUAUUCACUUUUUCAGUUAUUUUCACGACAAGCUAUUAUCUCGUUGUUGAUUUUUUUUUUAAUUAUCUCCACUUUAGUAAAUACUUAUAUAAUAAAUGCUAUGUAUCUAAACAAAUAUUUUGUUUGUUUAUAUGUCUGCUAUAAGCUUGUGUAAUUGCUUUAAACUUGAGUUGAAUAAUAUUAUAAAAAGUUACAAAUACCAGACCUUUUAACAUUCAAUAAUUUUAAUCUUUAAAUAUCAAAAUUGUUUUGUGCGGUUACUAUUUUAGUUUUCGUGAGGCAAAGGAGGAAAUUUGAACUAGAUCUAGGUCUAAGUCUAAUGUAACACUGAGUAAACUAAAAGAAACAUGUAGCCUAUGUAUAGAUAUAUGGGUAAUGCAUUAGUUGUUCUUAUUAAGUAAGGCUAAUUUAACUAUCAAUCAAAUAUUUCAAUAUUUCAAUGAUCCGCAGCAACAAGUACAUUUUACCACAUGAUUGUUGUUGCUAGUGAUAGCAGCUUUAUGUACUUUACUAAUGGUGAUGUUGUAUUAUGCAAAUAUUG